AUGGAUCCAAACAACACUGCCUCGAGCCCAGAUAAGGGAGAAGGAAAAGAGAUCAUUCGAGACAACGACUCUCAGAACCGUCAGCGCCAGAUGACCGUUGUCGAUUCUGCUUGCAUCGGCCAGGCAAGCUGCGCCUCUACGUCCGCUCCGUCCAAGUCAACAGACCCAUCUUCUCAGCGUAGCCAGUCAAUCCAUCCAGAGCUGGCCGACUUCUCCAAAGAUGUUAGACGCACUCAUAGGACUUGGUGUCCAAAGUAUGGCCGCGUUCCGAAGUGCGAUAUUUGCAAUGCUCGUUCUCCCGGCACGCUUUACGUGUGUCAGGCGGCUGGUUGCCAACUGCACAUUUGUGAGAAAUGUGCAAGGGAGGGAAAGUGGCAAUCAGACCGGCUGCACUUCAUCGACCCUGAUUUGCUAGACUGGACUCCUCAAAAGGCGUCCCGGCAGAAGAGAUUUUGUGAAGGCAACUCUGGUUCCAGGCUCUCUCAGCGCCGGAAGACUUCCCGCAACCAGAGUGUUGCAGCGACUGAGCCCAGCGAGGACUCGGAGUCCUCUGAACCCGCCGAGACCAAGCGCUACACCCGCCGCCAGCGACCUAACAUCACCGAGCCCACCGGCAACGACAACUGGACCCAGCCCCAAGAGCAUUCGGCCCUCUCCCGUCGCGCUCCCGAGGUACCCGUGUAUACCAUCCCUGGGAACUUCGACGACAGUACCCGCCAGCACCAGGUUGCCCAGUGCAGGGGCGAUAACAACGUUUAUCGCCGCAGCGACAAUUUUGAAGUCAAGUUAAGCACGCGGGGCAUGCGCACCUGGACCCGCACCGACAAAUUUACUGAGCACGAAAAUCGGAUGACAACUUCUGCUAAUGCUGGCAAUAACACCUACAAUCAACUGUACAAUUUCCGUGUCCAGAUGGUUGAAGAUCUUUACCAAGACAUGUUUGGUCGCCGACCUGACAACGCUAUCUCUUACAUCGGCACUAGUAUUCCCACUCAUUGGGAUCAGCCCGCUCGUUCUUGGAUCACCCGCGACGACUACCAUCAGCGUUCUCAUGAGACCUACAAUGCCGGCCCUACUCAUCAAGCCUUUGGCCAUGAUCAAUAUGCUUGCUACGCCCGUGCCCCCUGCACCGACCGCCACGAGGAGGCUGCUACUGCCAAUGACGAGGAGGCCCAAGUCCUCCACCGUCAACUUAUGGACGCCUGGCACUCUUCUCGCCUUCUUGACGUUUAUCGUCAAGACUACAAUUACAACUGCCGUCUGCCUGGAAGCUCCGCUGAGGGUGGCCUCUUCGGCCUUGAUCUGCUCUGGGACGUCUUCUCGGUUCGUCGCGCCCACCUCAACCUCCGUGAGCAGGCUCACAAGACUAUCGCCUGGUUCGUCCGCGUCCGUGAUGACCUCAGCCGCCAACUCGACCAGGAACGGGCCCGCCGUUACCGUUACUUUCCAGCCCCGAUUGCUCGCCAGGAGCCUGCACCUGCCCGCGGGGGUGCUUCCGGUUUCGCUUCCCCUUUGGCCUCUGCGUCCCGCCACGACCUCUGCUCAGCCCCUGGUUCCGCGCCUGCCCACGACCAGCGCGCUGCCGACCAUUUGGCCCCGGCCGCUCCGGCCUACGAGUCUCGCUCGCCUGCCGUCCCCUCUGGUGCCUCCCUCAACGACCAUUACGAGUCCCGCACGUCUGUCGUCUCUGCCGGCUCUCUUCACGACCGCUACACCCACGGCAGUCACAACCACUCUACCACCGCUUCUGCUGCUGGCUCUGGCUUCAAUUCGGGCUCUGGUGGCGGGCCCUCUUCUGGCUUCGGCACUUCAGUUUCCUCCGCUGGCCCUUCUGCUUCGCUUUCCGUUUCUGCCCCUGCUGGCGCGUCCUCUGCCAGCACCUACGAGUCUACUACUGCCCGCUACCAGCACCAGCCUGGCGUGCGCGAGUAUGCCGCUAGCGCUCUGGAGGAACUUCGUCGUGGUGGUUCUGACUCUGCUUCGGCUACCGGCUCUGGCUAUGGUGCGGCUUCUUGGACCGGUGGUUGGAGGACUCUUUUCGACACCGGCCGCCCCGGUUAUGGCCGCGCCGGCUACGACAACGACGAGAUCGAGCGCCACUAA